AUGCGUCAAACUCUCCGUCGUUCCUGUGCUGCCUGUGCAAAAUCUAAAUCUAGUUGCGAUCUCGGCAAACCACGUUGCUCCCGCUGUGUCAAGCGCCAAGUCGACUGUGCCUAUGCAAAUGAACCCUCAACGAGCCCGGCGACUCCCGGGUGGCAGAAUAUUGGCGCAGUAACAAGCGGACUUGAUGGAUCCGGCACUUUAACAAACUACAGAUUUGGGUCCCUUGAUCCUUUUGACUCGUAUCCACCGACUAGACUUCCUCGGGAACACGUUCAACGUUUGAUCUAUGGUUUCCUCCACAAGAUCGCUUUUCAAUACUAUCCUCUUGAUCUAAAUGCCACUUCGAAUCCUUUUUUGAUUUCUUGGUGGCCCCUUGCACUGGGGGAUCCAGCACUAUUCCACGUCUCUUUGCAGACAGCAUGUCUUGAUGAAGAGUUGUUGGCCCAGAAGGGCUUUCAAACAUCCGAACUUCUCAUGGCCGACUCGGUAGCUCUGCUGCGACGCAAGGUGGAGUCCACGUCGUUGGCUGUACAAGAUGGGACCAUGAAUUCUGUCAUCACUUUGGCAACCAUUGAAUUCGGCAAAGGCAAUGCAAAAGUUGGCGAAAUGCAUGUUCAUGGCUUGAAAAAAUUGGUUGACAUGAGGGGCGGUAUCAAUGCAGUCAGGCAGACCAGUCCACUCACGGCGAGAAUGGUCAGUUGGGUAUCGAUGCUUAUAAUGGGUCAACCUCAAUUUGAGACUCAAGAUGACUUCGGUAUUGGGGAUGGCAUCGCUCCCAUCGCCGAAUGGCAGUUAGACUCGAUGGCUGCUGAAAACGAGUUGUUUAAUAUCAAUGCUAUUGAAGUGGACUACGCAGUGAAGAAUGUCUUCACUCGUCUCAGCAAUGUCUUUCGUCGAGCGCGCACCAUACCCUUCCCAGCCACAAAACUCCAUGACCUUACUUGUUUCGUCGUACACCGACUUCUACUUUCUGUCCCAGGCACGACAAUAGCGGGGCUGUCACCGAUGACUGAAAGCAUUCGCUGUGGUAUCAUUCUCUACAUGUUCAUUGCUCAGGGACCAACCUAUUACUCGCAUGCUGUCAUAAUGAACACGAUUGUCAUUCGAUUUAUGGAGAACCUCGAGAGACUCGCAUCGACACCUCGUGCGUAUGACUCACUUGAUGUCUGGUUUGUUUCAAUCGGAAUGGUGGCUUCGAUUGGUACGGCUCACCAGCGAUGGUUUGUGAAGAAAGCAGAAGAACUAGCCGCUUCUUUACAACUGUACAGCUUUAAAGACACUCUCAUCCAUAUUACAUCUGUUCUAUGGCUGGAGAAACCACAGGCCGAAGAUGCCUUUCGAGCCCAUUGGAACGCUAUUCUCAAUCCCGCGGACCAGCCGCUACCAGACCUCAGGAUGUGCGUCUCGCCAUAUAACGCCAGUGGAGAAUUCAUAUGA